GGUGCUUCUCAGAUGAACGUUCUGUUUACAUGCUUCUUCCUUAAUAAGCGUCUUCAGAGGUGCAUUCAGACUGGAGACAAUUCAGACGGUUUUUACAUAAAGGUUUGAAGUAACCCAGAGUUAUUCUUUAUUCGUGCCGUAAGAUCAAAAGUCAGGAUAAAAAUAAAAAAAAACAACUAAACUACGGAGGAGCUUUAGUUGUGAUAUUUCUCUCUGCGUCGACCAUGGGGACAGCUCUGAUUUACGAUGAGGAGAUGACCAAAUACAAACUGCUCUGGGUUGACAUCCUCGCGUUGGAUACUUCUGCCCAGCAUGUAAGAUCGAGGUUCCCGAGCGGCUCUCGGUCAGUUAUCAGGCCCUGGUCAGGACGGGUCUGUCUGACCGCUGUGUCGCUGUGCCGCCUCGUGAGGCCUCAGAUGCAGAGAUCCUGCUCGUCCACAGUGAGGAAUAUCUGGAGGGUGUGAAAAAGACUCCGCACAUGACUUUGGAGGACUUGAAGGAGUUCACCCUUCAGUAUGGGGACGUCUACUUCCACCCAAAUAUCUAUCACUGCGCCAAGCUGGCUGCAGGGUCUGCUCUGCAACUGGUGGACAGUGUCAUGACAGGGACGGUCAGGAACGGCAUGGCUCUGGUUAGACCGCCGGGACACCACAGCAUGCGCAGUGCUGCCAGUGGUUUCUGUGUGUUCAACAACGUGGCCAUAGCAGCGAGAUAUGCUAAGCAAAAACAUGGAGCCAAAAGGGUGCUAAUAGUAGACUGGGACAUACAUCACGGUCAAGGGGUGCAGUAUUGCUUUGAAGAUGAUCCGAGUGUUCUGUACUUUUCUUGGCACCGCUAUGAGCACCAGAAAUUCUGGCCCAAUCUUAGAGAGUCAGACUACGAUAGCGUCGGCAAAGGAAGCGGAGCUGGCUUCAACAUAAACGUGCCUUGGAAUAAGGUGGGAAUGGAAAACAGCGACUAUCUGUCAGCCUUCUGCCAUGUCCUCCUGCCAGUAGCGUAUGAGUUUUGCCCAGACUUGGUUUUGGUGUGCGCAGGCUUUGACUCGGCUGUCGGCGACCCAGAGGGAGAGAUGUGUGCCACUCCGGACAUCUUCGCCCACUUAACUCACCUCCUAAUGAACCUAGCUGGAGGAAAACUGUGUGCUGUACUGGAGGGAGGAUACAACUUGACUUCUCUCGCACAAUCCGUGUGCCAGACUGUUCAGACUUUGCUCGGCGAUCCGCUGCCUCGGCUCGCAAACCUCGGGAGUCCCUGUGAAAGUGCACUCGAGUCUCUUCAGUGUGUCCGAUCGGUCCUGAGGCGGUACUGGCCCAUCCUCAAGCAUGCAGCCGAUCCGCCUACGACGGACGUCGGCUCCAGACGCAUCAAACUGGCAAAAGCAGAGGAAGAAAGGAGCCGGGAGGAAAAAGUUUGGCCUGAGCCCGCAGAGCGCCUGCGUCCUCCCGUUUGUUCCGCGUCGGCGCUUCCCGACGACGCGGCUUGUCCAGACGGCUUGAAACGCCUCACCUCCUCCGAAGAUCUGGGACCGCUUUUAGGCCGCAGAAUAAAGACAGAAGUUGCGGGUGACGCGGACGGUGUCGCCACCUUCUCGAGACUUUACACCCUGAUUGAGAAAAUGAGCACAAACGAGAUCGGCAACGGCGUGGCGCUGGUCCCCGAUGUCGCCGCAGCAGUCAAGUGUGUUGUCCAGGACCUCGGCUCUGACCUCGUCAACCGGGUUUUAGUGGUUUGUGUCGGCAAAGAGGAGCUGAAUUACGCCACGGCAGACGGGAAAAUGCUUGUCGUACAAAUCAGCGGUGAAGACAAAGAGGAACAGAAGUGCAAAUAUUAUAUUCCAAUGUGUUUAAAGAAGGGUUGCGGUGACACGGUAGGAUUCAUCCAGGCGGUCCUUGGCCUCCUCCUACCUCUGGGAUACGAGUACGACCCGGGCCUUGUCCUUUUGAGUCGCAUGCCAGGAAGCGGAGUGGGCGACUGUACGUGGCAGCAACUAAUUGGCCUGCUGAAGGGCUUCGCAAAGGGACACACUCUGGUUCUGAUGCAGACGAAUGAUGGGGCAUGUAUGGGUCCUACUGCCUCCGUCCUCCUCGGGCACCCUGCGCCUCCUCUGCAGGAGCUUCUGACUCGGCUCCCAGACGACGGAGAUGCUUUGGAGAGGAUGAGAGAGAGGCUGCAGGCUGACUGGAAAAUGCUGCAAACAGCAGUAUCUUCAGGCAAUGGAGAGACAGCUAAAAGCUGAAGCUGUCCUGCUGCUGUUUAUCUUUGUGGAGCUGAUGGACGAUUUGACAUAUUUGACACUCAGCAGCCAGUAAACCCCGCACUCUGUUCAUUUCUAUAUGCUGUUUUAUACUCUAAACUAUGUUUCAGUUCAAUGAUUUUCUAAGUUUCAUACAUUCUUAAAUGUAUUUGUACUAGCCAGUCUAAUGCUGUACUAGUGAAACGUUGUUUUUUCUUCAUGGAAUGCUAGGUGGCUAACGACGUUGUACCUUUUGUGGCGUCUAAACGUCAUUUCCGGUCCCCUGGCCCCCCCCCUGUUCCGGCGCCUAUGCACACACCCCUAACUCAUCCUCGUACCUCAAGAGAACUUUUCUAAUUCCCUUAAAACGGGAUGAACCGUGAGUAUUGAUUCUGUGUUUAAUCUCCUCCACUAUUAAAAUCAAUAGAAAAGCUUUUUGGUGCUGUCCAGACAAAGGAGAAUGUUUUAGCGUCAACCUCCCCCUGCCCCCCCACCCACAAAUUACUUCCGCCUCUGCAAGAAAGCCCAUUCUUUCCGGACAGCAGGUUGUUCUUUGCUUCGUAGUAUCUGUGCCAGAUCAGUCAUUUUCAUCUACUUGAUAUAUAAACCGUGAAAAGGCUUGCACCGAAUUUAACCGCCUUUCUUGAAUUGGACGACGUAUUUACCUCCAAUUGAGUCGGCAUGAUUAAACGUUUGUUGAAUUUUAAUCAGGGUACAACGUCCUGAUAGCCAUUCCGCUUGUACAAAGAUCCUUUCUCUCACAUGGCGGCGCAGCAUUAGUCCACUUCGUUGACAUCUGGGACAUAAAACAAAGACUAACCUUCACUGGGACUUUAACUAGAACUCUUUGAUAUGUUAUGGCCUUUCAUGUGUACAUUAAAACGGGUGGAAAUGCCUUAAACAGCCUUUGAGGUGGGGGUGGGGGGGUGUAUUGUUUGAACAUCGCCCUCGAAGUGAAAACUGUCGCAGCGUUCCGUGGUGAGGAGGUGUAAAAGUUCCUCUGAGUCUUAUGUAAGGAGGAGUUCCUCCUGACGCUCCGAGCUGGAUAUUAACACUGCCAGAUGAUUCAAUAUAAUCUGCAGCCAGGAAAUUCAUUCUCUGAAAUGAAAGAGAAAUCCAAUUUCCCCUUUAUACUUCUCAUUUGAAUAUAAAUCAAAAGCCUGGUUCAAACGCUUCAAAUUAAAAACAUGAAAAUAUGUCGGGGCUUCAGUUGGUUGAGCUGCAAAACUGGUUCUGUCUCUUAGAGUUUUCCCCCUUACUUGUUACUGGAUUGUGUGGUUUUUUUUUUUUGGUUUUUUUUUUAUCUGUGCAAAAUGGUUUAAUUAGAUGAUUAAAACACUGAACAAAAAAGCUUAACCUCAGUUUGGCUCCAGUGAGCCAUAAUGUGGAAUUCCUCACUCUUGUGAAGAAUCGCUAGGAUUCAUAUUACUUCUUUUCCCUGUGAUUUAUUUUGAGAUCAUCUAACAGUUUGAUGCAUUUUCUAUUAUGUGACACAAGUGCUUUUUAAGAAACUGCAGGAAAUAAAAAAUGUGAGCAAUUAAAAAAAAAACAACAACUGUUUUCCACAAGAUGUAGAUAGAUUUUACAAUUUCUGAACAAGAAAUGAAGGGAAAAUGAAAUAAUUGAAACAUGAAAUCCAGCUUACCUAAACAUGCUUUUGAGAGGAAAAACAGAACUUUGAAAUAAAGAUGGAAUCUGUCGUUUGAGAUGUAGGACAUAAAAGAAAAAGUCAAACUUAUCAUUUUUAACAUCCUCCGUCUUUGCUGCGGAUUUGUUUCAAAGCUUAAGAUUCUAAAAGAAAAAAAUCCAGCUUUUCAAAAUGACUUUGCUUUUGUUUUUGCAAACUACACAACUUUAAAAGUUCAUAUCACACAUCUGGCUACUCUCUUAUGCGGCGUGGAUUUUUCCCCCACUGAAAACAGAACUACAUUUCAGGUCGGGGAAUCCAAAAGUUGCCCUUCUGAAAUAACAUUGAGUGCAAAAUAAGAUAUGGUAGAAAACGAAAUUGCUAGCGUCCGGAGAAAACCCAUUCCUGUUGGGGCUGGAACCUUCGUAUUUGCACGUUUCUGGUACACUUGAAAACCCGACGCACAACUGACAUCUGCAUACAACAACGACGGAUGACGAAGCUGCUUCUCUGGGCCCACAGGGCUUUAACCUUUGCUCCAAAAGACGAUUUGAUAAGACGCUGGAAGAGACUGCUGUUGUGUUCAUGUGUUUUUGCGUCACUGAAGCUUUUCAAGCCUAAAGUAGCAUCUCAAUGCUAAACAUGCAGCAGCACAAACAUCCCUAAUGCUAAUGUCAGCAUCCACCGAAGUAUUUUUUUCAGAGUUACACGAAUGACUUGUAGAGUAGCUACUUUACACCAAUCUGAUUGUUGAACAACGUAACAGAUUAAGUAUCUUUGUUGUUGAGCUCAUAUGUCUAUUUAUUCGAGAACUUAGCAGCAAAAAGGGGGUUUGUGACGAUUAAGAUGUGAAUGGACUCUUCAAUUAACUUGAUUAAAAUUUUUUAGUCAAGUCACAUGGCUAGCAUUUUUUAAAAUUCUGUCUCAUUGCAUUUUAUUCUACACAUGCACCGUCUUACCCACAUCCGCUUUCAGGUCAAAGCGAUCCGGCCUGCAGCUGUAAAUACUGUAGAGAGCAUCUGGAGGGAAGGUUAGAUGAUUGCCUGUAUCGACUGUAUUGACUUUCAUCCUGUAAAAUGACCCAGCACAGCUUUUUAUUCGACAGCCAGCCACCUCCAGUGACAGAUACUUGAUGGAGCUCCCCCCCCCUCAUAUUUUUGUCUUCUUCUCCUCCUCCUCCUGCUCUGGAGAAGCGAAUCCCUCAUCAAACCAAAUGCAACUUGGAACAUCUAACAUAGCACUUUGUUGCGUCGUUGCGCACAGCAUUGGCUCCGAAAGGCCGUCGCUCCAGACGUUACCAGAGAGACGACUGCAUGUGUCAGCUGCCUGACAGAAGACGUGGAACUGACACGCUGCCCCGCUGUGUGGUUUCCAUGACAAUCGGGGUGCAAUGCCACAACAAUCAUUUAAAAUUUGAAGGUAGCGGCGGCGUGUUUCCCCUUCAGUUAUCAUCAUCUCACCUUAAAGUUCAGAGUAGAGGAUGAGAGUACCUCCAGAUGGACAUGUUCCCAGAUAACCAGCACAUCAUCAGCAGUUUAAUCAGCAGCUGGGUUGAAAAAAAAAAAACAAGUUCAGCUCUCCGUUGGACAAGUCAAGCUUUAACGACGACGGUAAUAGAGGAUAAAGCCAACGGUUGGGGAACUUGCUAGGGCUCCGAUGUGUGACGGUGUGAGACUCAGAUGGUGAUUCAGUGCCACAGAGGCAGCUGCCACGAAAUCCAACUGACAGCAUCAUGUCUCAUCUGAGACGCCCUGUGGCCAAACAAACGGCGGCUCAUUAAAGGCUCCGUUUGGACCGUCUGUGCCGAACGGGGAGCGAGGUGACAUUGACUCGUAAUGUGGUCGACCGAGGUGGUGUGUGAGCUAGGAGGAGGUGUGUGUGUGUGUGUGUGUGUGUGGUAAUAAAGCUCGACAGUUUUCUUUAGCCUCCAUACUCCAUGACCUCUUACCAGUUGCACUUGAGCUUCAGGUGCGCUGUCUCCUGAGUUAGCUGAGAGAGUCAAGCUGGAGCUGACAGGCAGCGACGCAAUCUGUGCGUUUAGGUGUGAGGCUCACGUGCAAAACGCGUGAUGUUCUAGUCAACCCACCCACGGCUGUGAAAGACUUCGUCAAAGGUUUUUUUUUUUUUUGUCGAAGCAUUGUGCAAACGUGACAUCAUUGUUUCUGUUCUGAAAAGUCUUUGAAAUGCAGAGGUUCAAGGUCAGUAGUUAGGGUGGCAGAAAGUGUUACGGAAACAACGAUGUCUGAGUCAGUGCUGAAAAUGUAGCGUCGUCGUUUUGUGGAAGACGGACAGACCAGACAAAAACAUCCCCAGCACUUGCACAUCAAACGUUCCUCUUUAUUAAAACAUGCUUUAGUUCAUUUUGAACAUAAACGCUUGGUGGCUUAAAGGGGCAGUACUACGUAAAGUCUACUUUGCUGGAAGUCCUUGAAUCCCCCCACCUUGCAACCAUUCAGCUGUGCAGAAUGCUUGGUGGGACCUAACGCCACCUUCAAAGACGCAGCUCAACCUCACAGAGGGGCUCUUUCUUCCCCUGUGCCCCCCCCCGCUCAGCUCCUUCAGACUAGCCAGCAGCAAUUAGCAAACACCUGUUGGAACUGCUCAUUGUAGGAGCCACUUCUUCAGUGCAACGCUGGUAAAAACGUUGUCAAAGGGUUAAUAGAGAAGCCAUGUUGCGAUGACUUCCUCAAUGUAGAGUUUCAGAAAGAGCAGGAGUUUGUUUUUUAAAGAGACAAGGCCCCAUUUCAAGACAGUCAAAUUUCUUUUGUCAUAUUUGAUAUAUACAAAAUUUCUUAUUACAAUUGAAGGUGUAAUUGUCACUUUGUUGUGCUAUAAAAUUAUUCUAUGUGGCUGGAAAACACAUAAUACUGCCCCUGCAAUAUAUUUUUAGCCCAUUUUACCAUAUUUUCAAGGCUGUGCGGUAAUUCUAAACCCAGCACAGGGUGUCUAUAACUUCAGAGCACUUUCUUUAACUGGACAGUCACCUCUUAGAAAACUGCUUCAUUCAUUCAGCCGCAGCUCUUUGAAAUGUUAAAAGGUGAAAUAAUGAUUUCAUUAGAUUUUUUCCUGUGCACGUUAUCUGCAUUGUGAGUCAUACUGUAGUUGUUUUGGGGUUUGUUUGUUUUUUUGUCGCUCAACGCGAUUGACAGUCAUCAGCUUCGUUUUUAACCACAACGGAGCCCCUGACUGCGUGCUAUAAAGACACCCGCCGCUGCGUGUGCUGAGAGAGGAGGAGGAUUUUAUGAAGACUUAACAUUUCAUCCAUUAUUCAUGGAGAAGUGGAGGAGACCCAGUGAGACGGGAGCCACUUCCAUCACUGCUCUGUUAUGUUUGACUCGUUCAGAUGAGUGAGUCAAACGAACCGCUGGGAAUCCCUCCCUCUCUCUGAGCAAAAAGUAAAAAAUAAAAAAUAAAAAGCCCACUGCCGCAGGACAUUUUCUUUCUGUUGUUUUGGCUUCCAGGUGUCCAACCCGCGCUAACAAAUGUGGCUCCGUGCUCCUAAUUAAAUGUCAUUUUUCUUAGACGAUCUUAUUAAAAACAGAAACUGGGCGCAAAGGAGCAGGCCUUAACAUUGUCCAAUCGAUAAACAUAUGAUUGACAGAUUUACUGUUGCUGCGUUUUCAUUGCAAAUGUGCGCAAAACGUUGUCAAUGAUAAUGUUGGGAAAAAAACAUGCAAUUUUUCAAUUCCAGCGUUUCCGUUAAAUAAGAAAUGGAGUUGAAGUCACGUGUGAAUAUUUGUGUUCACUCACGCGACAAGUCAUUUAAAAACAUGCCUUGCCGUCAUUCUCCAACUGCUUUCUGUCUUCUUACUCUUCUUCGUGGUUGGCGCCACUAGCAACAUCCGGUUGUUGUUCAUGUGACUCGUGUGAUGCGAAAAAAGUUUUCAAUUGCAGUUUGGCGACAAACCCUAAUUUCAAUAUGGCCGAAAAACUACCUCGUCCUAGCGACAAGCCUUUUUUAUAGAGAAACUAGUUUUUUUUUUCAAAAUUACCGUGUUUCCAUUAAGCUAAUUUAUUGUCAAAAUGUCAAUUUGCUCAAUUAUCUGGUCAAUGAAAACGCAGCUUGUGUUCUCUAUGCACGGAGCUCUGCAGCAUGUGCUUUACUGCGGCUCCUCUGAAAAGGAAACACGUGUACUGCUUCGUUUUGAACAAUAACAAGUAGGAGGAAUCUAUUAUUUGCCGUCAUUCAUAUGCAAAGCUAUCCUCCAUAGGAACAUCCUCCUCUUCAGUCUGCACUCAGUGUUUUGCUGCUGCUUUGUUAGUCGUGUGUCGGUGUGUGCUUGAGUUUAAGGGGGAAAAACAUCAUCCUAUAUCAAUUAUGUCGAGUGGCCUCUUCAGGCUGAUUAGCACAUAAGAGGCCGAGCCAAGCGCUUUGUUCUGGAAGCAUACAGAGACGGGUCGGUGUGUGUGUGUGUGUGUGUCGGCGGAAAGGCUGUGGAGGACCAUCGAGGUUUGAUCAAAACCGAGCUCAUUGGCUCGGAGUGAAACGUCCUCUGUGUUUGGCUGUUCUCCCAAAAACAGACAAAUAGCCAAUUUGUUUAGAAUAAUUGCUGUUAUUUUGUCCCCAGAGCCAGGUUGCCUGGUGCUCGCCUCUGUUGCCUUACAGCCAUAAGGUUCACAUUCUGGUCUUUUUCAUAGUUUUGUUCUUUCAGCGUACUACGGCGUCCUCCCACGGUCCAUCUGCGUUACGUUUAUUGGUUAUGCUAAGUUGCACUUAUGUGGGAGAGUGUGUGUGUGUGCGUGCGUGGUUGUGUCUGUGUUGACCAUGUGUCGGCCUGGUGCCUCUUACCCCCGCUCCAAAACCACAAGGCAAACGCAACGGUCAUCCAUCUCUGAGCCAUGCUUUUGCCAUCGGCUGAAACAUUUAGGGACGAUAGACCUAUUCUUUUUCUCGAGAUAAGAUAACUUCCCCGUGGUUUUCUCAAGAUAGCAGAUUGACUGAUGUGUGUGUUGAACGUUGAACAACAGUGGGACAGGAUGAGGUAACAAGUUCACUUUCCGGUAGUUUUUGCAAGAUAACGAGUCAGUUUCCCCGAUGGCUUUCCCAAGAUCACAAGUUAACAUCCCAAAGGUUUUCUUGAGAUAACGAGUUGAUUGGUGUGUGUGUGUUAAUCCUCACACCGUCCUUCUAAUGCAUGCCACAGUAGCGGGAGGUCACUUAUAAGUGUACAGCAUGUACGUGUGACCUUUUUCCAUCGGAAACAAGUAAGAUAAUCGUCUUGUUAUCUCAAGAAAACAAUUAGUGUCUUCUCGUGAUGAUGGAAGAAAUGAUCUUGAGAAAACAUCACGGUCACAGCUGCUGAGAGCAGCUUUGUUCUGUAGCGGCUGGGAGGGAUGGAAGCAGGACGAGUCACUGAAAUUAUUUUACUGUUGUAGACAAAAAA